UUGUUAUGCACCAACCCACGCACCCAUGGUAUUUAAGCAGCAACGCCUGACCGGAAGUGCAUUCUUCUCCUUCCGUUUCAUACUCGACAAAAUCUGCGUUAGGUGACGAUGAGUUUCUGAAGAUCUGAUUUCAUUGACAAGUUGAAUUCGUAGAUCACCUUCCUCUCAACGAUCUCGUGCAGAAAAAUAUGGCCAAGGAUGUCGAAGUUAACGGAUUCAACCCAGGAUUGAUUGUCUUACUUGUUAUUGGUGGGCUCGUGCUGACGUUUCUUAUCGGGAACUAUGUCCUUUAUGUGUAUGCCCAGAAAACUCUUCCUCCAAAGAAAAAGAAGCCAAUCUCCAAGAAGAAGAUGAAGAAAGAAAGACUGAAGCAAGGUGUUUCAGCACCUGGAGAGUAGAUGUUUAGACACUGAGGGACAAGAACAGGUCUGAACAGCACUAAAAUCAGAUGAUUGUAAUUCUUAAGGUUACGUUUUCCUGUCAAAACAGAUAGAACAUCAAAAGCUGCUGCCUUUUAUUGUGCUUUACUGACUCAGAAAUUUCCGUAGAAGCCACUGGUUUUCCUUCUAGAAUAA